AUGGACUUUACAAAGCUCAGAGCAGCGGCUCUCAAGGACGGAGAUGAUGAGGAAGCUGUCACUGUUAAUACGAGAGCUUUGAUUGACAAAGUACUCGCAAGGUACUCAGGUGAAUGGACAACACUUCGAGAACUUAUCCAAAAUGCUGCCGAUGCCCAAGCUUCGACCGUAUCAGUUAAAUUCGACACUAUUCCCUCAAUUCAGAUCCCAUCGCCGAGCUCAACAAGCAACUCCGAAAUUAUGAAACACGUUCUACAGAAUCAUACUCUACGGCGGUUGGUGGUGACAAAUGAUGGACAGAAGUUUGGAGAAAACGACUGGUCAAGGUUAAAAAGAAUCGCUGAGGGUAAUCCAGACGAGACUAAAAUUGGUGCCUUCGGUGUUGGAUUCUACAGCGUAUUUGCAGAUUGCGAAGACCCAUUCGUAAGCUCAGGAGAUCAAGCUAUGGCUUUCUAUUGGAAGGGUAACUCACUCUUUACAAAAAGGGUUCAUCUUCCACAUGAUCAAAGUAACCCUGAAACAAGCUUUGUUCUCGAUUAUCGAAAUAAUACAACUCCCGUUCCAAAUCUUCUUUCUAUUUCUCAAUUUUUGGCUACGAGUUUGACAUUCGUAGCUCUUCAGAAAAUUGAGCUUUUUGUGGAUAACUGGAAAAUUUUGGUACUUCUUAAAAAACCAGCACCCAGCAUUGAGGUUCCUAUCGCCAAAGAUGUCGAAACUCGUACUAAGGGUGGAUCGAUGAAAGUUCAAAGUUUAGAACGAGAAAGUGUUCAAAUGGACGCUACCUUCAUGAAUGUUGUCGGUUGGAAGCCAUCAGUUUCCUCUGCUCCAAAAAAUGGGGGUCUAGAAAAUAAUUUUGGUAGUAGUAUGAGUGAGAUUUCUUCUCUAAGAUCAUUUUUCUCGAAACUCACAUCCAGUACUACGCAUACUCAAAUCAAAACUAAGGAAAUGAGAGACGAGCACGCAUUACAAGAGAUAAUUCUGGAAGAUCUAGCUGCCCUCACUACCGCUAAUGUUUUCUUAAGGAUAACUACUGCUUUUGUCAAAACUUCUGUGAGUGUAUCUUUUGCAGCGGAGCUUGAGCGUGCUACCAAGAAACCACCUCCAAAGUUUACAAAAAUGGCAAUACUUACUUCCUCCUACGAUGAGGCUGAGGCGUCAUCUCGAACAAGUCUUGUGGCGAAAUCAGUAGACAUUUUUUCUUCGGUUCUACCGGAAAAAAAGCCUGGUGGCCGAAUCUUCAUUGGCUUUCCAACCCAUCAAACUACAGGUACUGGAAUUCAUCUUUCAGCACCAUCAGUCAUCCCAACCGUGGAGCGAGAAAGUAUAGAUCUUAAUGCAAGAUGGGUCAGGAGCUGGAAUGAGGAAAUGCUACGAGUUUCUGGGAUUAUUGUUCGACUUGCCUUCUCUAGUGAGAUGGCCGAACUUUCUGAAAAAGUUGGGCAAAUAUCAAAACUCGCUGGAAAUGAAAAUAAAACCCCUAAGGUCGGAAUUCAGACUUUUGUAUCAGAAGCCAUGCAUAUAUUGAAAACUUUCACAUUCAGCGAAUCAACUCCAAACUCAAAAAUAUCGCAAAUAAUUGAAGAAGCUUUUUGGACUGCAUACAAGCAACCUUCGAUCGAAAUAUAUAGUACUCGUGGAGUCCUAAUGACAAAUCAAGUUCGUAUUGCUACUGAGGAUCUUAGUGGAUUUGUCGAAGGGAUACCAGUUAUUCCUUCCGAGCUAGCUCAGCUGCAAUUUGUGCACAAGCUCAAAGAAUUUGGCUUACUUACCGAAAUCAAUGUUGGUGAUGUAAGAAAGGAACUAGAAGCGAAGGCCUUAAGUAAAGAGCAACUGGUUCACUUUAUUAGCUGGGCUAGUAAUAAAGCUGUUUCGGGUGAUAUAGACAGUCAAACUAUCCACUCAUUAUUAGAUGUUGCAGUAGCUAUCACCGGUCAUCAACAGGGCUCUGGGAUUAUUGCAAUUGGUUGUAUCAAACAUUUUCUCAAUGUGAACAUAAUUCCAGCUGAUUUACCCUUACCAGAAACUACUCUUCCAUUUAACUUUACCAAAUCAAUACCAAUAAAUCAACUACGGGCUCUUGGUUGGGACCAACUUGGGAUAAUUCCUUGGCUCCGCUAUUUGAUUGAAUCAAAUCCUAGCCGAUCCCAGGAACAAAGCCUCAGUAAUUCGGCACCAUUUGCAGCUCGUGUUCUCCACGUCCUGUCAAAAAACUGGGAACUUUUAAGUCAAAAUUCUAAGGCUACAGUAGUUUCAUUAUUGAGUCCAGUUUCAAUUAUUCCCACUAAAUCUGGUAUGAAAAAACCAGGAGAAGCUUUCCUUGCAAGUGUGAAGCUUUUUGAGGAUCUACCAACUAUUACAUCUUGUCCAGGAGUCAAGGAGAAAUUCCUUGCUGCCAUAGGAGUACGUAAAACAGUGAAUUUGGAGACAAUUUUUGAUCGAUUACUCUCUCCGUCAAUCGACACACAGAAAUCUGGCAAAGGAACAAAUAGUCGCCACAUGGAAGUUAUUAAGUACCUAGCCUCAGUAAGAGACGAUAUCCCAGCAGAGGAUAUAGAAAAAUUGAAGAACUCACCUAUCUUUCCAGCUGAAGUAGGCCCAAAUGGAUCUGGAUCUACAGAGUCUCCUGAAAAGCUAUUCAAAAUUUCUGAACUCUUCGAGCCAAAAGACGCACUCCGUGUAUUGAAAUUACCGAUUAUACAAUGGUCUGGUCCACCCGGUAGCUAUCGUUCUGGGAGUAUGGAAGGCCGAUUCUUGAAUUACCUUGGCUUAAGAGCCUUUCCAUCUGUACCCGAAUUAGUCAACCUUAUGGCUUCGGAAGAUUUAAUUAUGAGUGACAAGGCUAUGUUCUACUUUAUUGCAAAUCAUCAUACGAACGGAUAUGCCUCAUUUGACGUAGGAUCAUCAGGCAAAAAUUUUCUGCCAUUGCAAGGGGAAAAAAGGCGUGUCAGACCAGCGGAAUGCUAUACCAAUGAUAGCUGUGCUAUAUUAGGAUUUGGAAUUCUGAAAAAAGAGCUCGCCCCUCAUGCCAACAAGUUUGCUGUUGCAAUGGACCCCCCGAUAAAUGCUUGCGUUGAUAGACUUAUUAGCAAUCCUCCAAGAGAAAAAAAGAUUGCUACUAGGCUCUUUCAUUACUUUUCGGAACGUCUUGGUGAAAUAGGACCGGCUCAGGCGUCACGAUUAGGUGAGGCUUUAAUUGUUCCCGUCGAAAAUAGGCAGAUAGAACAAGAUGAAUUCAAGAGGGACAAGCUCGAGAAACGGCCAGCUAUUAGGCUUCUAAAUCCAAAACAAUGCUACCUAGGUAGCUCAUCAACCUAUGAGGAAAUUUUCGAGUUUGUAGAUUUUGGUACCGCUGCCAACACUUUCUUGCUUAACUGUGGUUCAAAAAAUGAGCCAACAACACUUGAGCUUGCGGAUCUUGCCUGUAAAGAGCCAGCACGGCUACUUGGGGUCAUGAAAAGCCCCGAAAAGUAUUUAAAUUUAUUACGAAACCUUGCUGAUGAAUUUCCUAAAUUAAAGAAAGACAAAUCACUAUACGCACAAAUGAGGCGGUCUAAAUGGCUUCUCGCAUCGUUUGAAAUUACUACAAAUAAAGAAAGUUCUAGAGCUAAGCCAAUACUCCAGGGUGAGGAACAGUAUGAUUCUGAUCCCGAUGAAAACGAGGGAUCAAAAAUAAAAGAGUAUCAAUUAGCAAGACCUGAUCAAAUUGUAAUCAAUGAUAACUACACAAGCUAUCGUCUAUUCAAAAAAUCCUUGAUAUCCGCACCUGAAGAAGAGAAAUUAGAAGACCUAUAUCUCUGCCUUGGUGCACAAACACUCGACAGUCUUGUCCUAGAGGAUCUUAGGCUUGGAAACCCUUGUCUAGAUCAGUCUUCAGCUGUUAAGCUACGGCGACAUAUUCUUGAGCGAUCAAAGCUCUUUCUGUAUGAAUACAAAAAAGAGUCAAUUAGGCACGAUGUCAAAUGGUUAGAGCAGAAUCUUUUGGUUCAGGUAGUUAAUUCUAUUGCACUAAGAAGAUCUUUGAAGGGCCAUGCUUUAUCACACACAGAAAAACGAUUGGCAGCUUGCAAAAAAGAGAAAAGUUCUAGUUGGACUCUUUAUGUUACACCCGGUGAUUAUGAUUCUUACCAGAUAAGUCAGUCACUUUGUAGGCUAUUACUUGAACGACCAAACCAAAGUUCCUACCUAACGUUUGAGUCAUUUUUGAGCCUCAAUCUAUACCAAUUACGCUCACGAGGCUACAAUGUUGAGCGAAUUCUUCGAGCUAAGGCCGCAGAACAAAGAAUAGCAGAAGAGGCGCGCAAAAAACAACUUGAGGCCGAGCAAACCCAGAUUCGAGAGCAAGAAGAUAGAUGGAAAAAGCAGCAUCAAGUGACACCAUUAGAUGCAAAAGAAGCUCAAAGUGGGCCUUUAGCUAAUCGAAUGCCUGGUACUUUUGAUGAUUCAUCUCCCGAAAGUUCACCGCUGCCAAUUCAUAGAAAGCCUAAAAGCGGACUUUUCACUAAUCUUUCGAAACGACUUGGCUUAAAUAAUGAAUCUAAUGAUGAAGCUCAGGAGCAAAUGACAAAGUUCCUCGGAAAAAAAUCAACUCAAAAUCAGACCGGGGAGCCACCCUCCUACGAAGAAGCUAAUCAGGGUAUGGUUUACUCGCCGGCAGCAUUACAGCAAAAUCUUCUCAAUGCUAUCCAAUCAUCUCGUGCUCAUGAUUCUAAUGAUCUGUUCUCGCCACCUAGUACUCAGACAAUUAAAGAGCAGGCUUCAUAUUGUGACUCUAAACCAGCUCAAGAUAUAAAUUUCUUAGCUGAAGCCAACAAUGGCAUUCGAAUAUUUGUCGCCAAGAGCAUCAAAGCAACAGAGGCGCGAGAAUUUUUCUCAUCAAACGCUAAAGAGAUCAAUAGUUUUGCUGGUCUUCUUGUUGAGGUAGCUGAAAUUUAUACACUCCCAAGAAAAGCAAUGCACAUAUUUUACGACGAGUCUGGAAAUACUAUCGCCUUUAAUUCCAGUGGCAGCAUCUUUUGCAACUUUCGUUUUUAUAAGCAACUGCAUGCAACUAGUAUUUCUGAUAGUAGCAGCAGAGUUAAGGCCACUUCGUACUGGUGGGUUGUUGUUGCACAUGAACUAGCUCAUAAUAUUGUUGCGGCUCACAAUGCCGAGCAUAGUUUUUAUACUGAAAGUAUUAUAGGGAAUUACUUUUCCAGAAUGAUGGAUAAAGCUUUUGGAUACCUUCAGGCAACUCAUUCUACGCCGUUAGAAACUAGCAGAGCAAAGAGUUUAUUGGAUUAA